CACUGGAUGUGGAAGUGAGCGAAGAACGGUGGUUAGUGAACUCCAUGAAGGAGGAAAAGGCCUUACAAUGGAUGCCACUUUGUAAAUUAGGGAAAUAUCCCUCGAGUGUAAAUCGUGAUAUUAUAUUAUAUGCAUCCAUGUUCGAUCCGGAUAAUCGAAUAUUAGCUGGUUAUGCAGACUACGCGGUCGCUCCUUUCAUCCGGCAGCCAUGUAGGAGAAAGUCGAUCACCCCGUCGGCUUGUAAAUUAGCUGGAUGUUCCGAACGCUGAUGAUGAUGAUGAUGAUGAUGAUGAUGAUGCAGAUGUAACAUUUGUGAACGGCGGAAGAAACAAAACAAAAACAAACAAAACAAAACAAAAAAAUUCCAAAAAAAAAACAAAAUGAGCGAUCACAGCCCAAAAACAAACAAGCAAUAUCAUCCUAGAAUGGAUGAACUGCUAGCCAAGCUCAGAAGAAGCAUGGCGGAGCUGAGUUUGCAAGGAGAUGACUUUACUCGUCAAAUGUGGCAAAUGUACGCCAUAUUCGAGGAGGUUAUCGCAAGUCGUACGGACUCUAGGUCCAGUCAUAUCAGCCAUCACCACUUGCACCAGGGCGAAUCGGUAGCACGCGAUGAUUUUCCUCUGACAUCUCACCAACCGAAAGCUGAGGAGAGUGGAAGUGAGAGGGAAACGCGACAAAGACAAGACGGAAGUCAACGUCAGUCACCUAGAAAAUUUUCUCCCGGUGCAAGAAAAAAAAGAAUGAGUGCCGGCCAGUAUCAUCACUACCAGCUUCGAUGCCACCAUAGAACACGUUCGGAACCAACUUCAAAUCCGCUUCUAGAUACAAUCAGUGUUUUAACUACAGAUCCUUGUGAUUCAGAUGACUAUUAUGAUUUGGCAGCAGCAUACCAACAGCGAAGAAUGUUAUCAAAUGGAGAAGAAAUCAAAACAAGAUCUUCUCCAUCUUGCCAGCAUCAUACUAGUGAUAUGGAUAGGGAUUCAAUUGGAUACGCUGGUUCUAAUUCUAUUGAUAGCGGAUAUAAAAGUUUAUGUCCAACUCCGGAGAUACCUGACGGGUACUAUGGCGCUGAAGGUGGAAGGGCAUCUUCGUGCGGCGCUGGAGGAGCCACUGAUUCGUCAAGUUCAAAUUCUUCUCCUAGCUGCAAUAGAGACAAGCCGAAAAUAAUGAUGGGCACAAGAGUGAUGGGGAGGCAAUGUCCAAGGCCACGUGGUCCUCCUCCACCUCCUGGUCCAUCUAGGAAAGGAGGAGAUCCGGCCCUGCACGAUGUCAAUCUCGAUCAUUUGAUGUAUUUAAGACAAUCCCUAAUUAGUGCCAUUCAAAGGUGUGAAUCGUCUUCAUCUUCACAAUCACGAGAAGGAAGUCCUACUGUUACUCGGGGGCCACCAAUUCGGAGAGGAAGCACCGGAAGUCCGAAAAGAACGCAAUCGCCCCAAGUAGAAAGGAGACGGGCUCAUACCCAUUCGGCUGGAGUGCCAUCUCCAAGAAGAACAUCACCUAAUCAUCAUCAUCCUCCACCGGGUUCUUCUUCUUCUUCUUCAGCCAGUUCACCUUCCUACCAAAAGACAGUGCGAUUUGACACCGAUAUCAAAGUUGCUGCUUCAGCAGUGAAAGCAAAACAAACGGCUCAAGUCCAAUCGGCUGGAGGAAGUCCUAGAAGCACGCGUAAGCAAUCCAAAUCAAUUCUUAAAGAUCCUCUUUGUGCCAGUCUAAGAUCCCAACUUGAAUCUGGUGAUAGAUUAACUCCCGAUUGUUCUAUGGAAGAGGAGAUUGAUGCCCUUUUAUACGGAAGGGCCGAAUAUUAUGACUUGGAAAGCGUCGAAGAUUUUCCAUGCAGUUAUGUGACUAUGAUCGAGGAGAAAUACCGAUGCGGUAGGGCAAAUAUCGCAAAAGUAAAGAAGCUGAAAGAACCUUCAAACAAAGCGGAAGAAUGUCAUAGCGCCAAAGUACAAGCAAAUCCUGAAGCGAGUUUGGUGCUUGCCACGACAGCAGCCAGUUCGAGAAGCGUUACUAAAGUUAUAGAAGAUUGUCCGGAUCGAAGUAGAUCUCAAUGUGAACCACCAGCUGACUGCAAACCUUCGGCCAAAUCGCGAUUCACCGAAGUGGCAAAGUGUAUGCUGGAAAUAAUUGAAGAUCUACAGCUUCAAGUGGACACUAGUGGCACCGCAAUUAAAGAUGCUGGAGCAGUACAGGCACUGACUGCUGCAACGGAAGUCGAUUCAGCAAGUGCUGUUAGUGUUACUUAUCACACUACGGCAGCUGACUAUCACGUUUACGAAGAGAUCCUUUACGAUUUUGUUGCGGGAGCUGCAGCAGCGGGAAGGCCUACAGAUUUUCGAGAUACGCCCCCUCCCCUGCCGGCUAGGCCAAGUGGCAUGACUCAAAAACAAGAAAGGACGAUAUUUGCGCAAACAGUUGUAUCUACCACUGUAUCGACAGAAGUUUCUGAUUUUAGUAGAGCUUCGAGGAACUGUCCCAAGCAACGAAGUAAUCUGUACUCCUUGGUUAGAGAUCAGGCCGAAAGAAGGGACAUCUCGAGGUCCUUAGAACGAGAAUGGAAGGGUGCGCACGAACCUGGAGAUCUCGAAGACGAAUAUGGAUUCAAAAAAUCCUAUCCGUCAUCAUAACACGUUCUAUAUACUUCCAAAUAAAUAAAAAAAUAAAUGGAAUUAGGAUAUGUGAUUUUUUUUAACCAAAUUCGUUCAUUAGUGCGCUCCAAACUACCUCUUUCUCAGGAUUAGCUUUCACAUUGUAGAAGUAAAAACAGUCGAAAAUUUUUGUUAAAUAAUUCGUAUGUUAUUCGUGUCAAAUCAAGUUUUAGAUGAGAUAUUCCCAUUAGGCAAAAAAAAAAAAAAAAAAAUGCCAGGCAUGAGCGAUAAUUUAGAUAGAUAGUUUGAAGGUAUUUAUUUUGAAAGCCAGUCGACCACUUUAGCGUUACGCAGUUACUCGAUAAAAUAUAUAGUUUUUGGCAUUGCAUAUUGAAAAUAUUAUAAAAUAAUGUGGCAAUUUUCCCCGACAUUUCUGAAUGGAAAUUUGAGAAAUUCUCGAAUGAAUAUUCACAAAAAUAUAUGAAGAAAAAAAAUAAUCUGCUCUUAAUUCAUUUUAUAUCGAAAUAUAUUAAUAAAUAUUUUAAUUAUUUAUUUAUUUUUUUUCUCUCCUUAGACAAUAUAGAGAUUGCCACAUUAUUUAAAACGGAGUAUUCAUUUUAUGGCACUGAUCAAUGUGAAAUGGAAAAAUCUUCCAUUUAAUCUGUUUAAAAACUUCUCUAGAAGUUCGUGAAAUCGACAAUUUUUCAAAAGAACUGAUCCUAUUUCUGGAUAAGACAAGCAAUAAUAACAAGUUGAUUCUGAUUCGAUUGAAGAAUGUUCCUGUUACGCGAAAAUGAACCUACUGUAAUGUUGUAUAUUAUAUCUUAAAUAUUUAUAGACAAGUUGUUGAACUGUAACUCGAUUCCGGAUAAAACUAUAGUGUAAUUGAAUUCUCAAUAUUGCCUAUUGGAAGUUUUUUCCUUUGUUUAAAUUAUUCCUUUGCUCCGUCCUUCAAUAGUUAUGGGUUUUUAGAUAAUCAGAUGCUAUUCAAAAUGUCAAAAAUAUGUAGAAAUGAAUGUAUAUAUAUAUA